AUGAAUAAGGACAAUGAAACAACAGUCAUCUAUUUCAUUCUUAAAGGGAUAUCAGAUGUCCCCAUACUGCAGGUUCUGAUCUUCUUCCUGGUCCUCCUCAUUUAUAAUGUUACUCUUGGUGGUAAUUUGAUCAUUCUUCUGCUGGUUUGCCUGGAUUCUAAGCUCCACACCCCCAUGUACUUCUUCUUGUGCAAUCUGUCCGUUCUCAACAUUUCAACUACGACAGUUACCCUACAUAAGAUCCUCUAUAUAUUUGUAACAAGGGACAAUGUUGUGUCUUUUAAUGGCUGCAUGGCACAGGUAUGUAUGUUCUCAUGGUUAUCAGGCAACGAGUUUAUAUUGCUUACCGCCAUGAGCUACGAUCGGUACGUCGCCAUCUGCAACCCAUUGCAUUAUCCAACUGUCAUGAGUGAGAGAGUCUGUGCUGGUCUGGCCAUAUUCUGCUGGUCAUUUAGUCUUUUACAGAUGAUUCCUGCCAUGGUCAUAGUAUCCAGAUUCUCUUGCUACACUUCGAACACAAUUAACCACUUCUUCUGUGACAUGGUAGCCCUGAUGAACCUUACCUGCAGUGACACCUCCAUUUUGGAACUGUUGAUCUACACAGAGGGAACUUUACUGUCAACCUUCACCCCUUUUCUGCUCACCUUCAUCUCCUAUUCAUUUAUAAUUGACACCAUAAUGAAAAUUAAGUCUACGACGGGGAGAUCUAAAGCUUUUUACACAUGUUCCUCUCACAUAACAGUCGUUGUUCUUCACUAUACAACCAUUGUUUGCCAAUAUUUGAUACCAAGUGGCACUUUAAUCUUCAGUAAACUGUUGUCUUUGCUUAACACCGCUUUGGUUCCCAUGUUAAAUCCUUUCAUUUACAGCUUGAAAAAUAAAGAGGUCGAGUCAGCUUUACGCCGAAAACUCAAGUAUUUUAAAACCAUUGUAUGA